UAUUUCUCAAAAUUAAUACCCAAUUCUUAUUCAAUAUUGAGAUAUUGAAAAUGGGUAUUUUUCAAAAUAAUCAAAAAACAUUAAUUUUCUUUAUAGUUUAUUGUUCAAGUAUGAUUAGUAAAAGUAAUGGUAGAAUGAAUGGAAGAGAAGAGGGAAUAGCAAAUUUUGUAUUUGGAGAUUCGUUAGUAGAUGCGGGAAAUAACAACUAUAUAAUGUCAUUGUCUAAGGCAAAUUAUGCGCCUAAUGGUGUUGAUUUUGGAAUGCCCACUGGAAGAUACACUAAUGGCCGAACCAUUGUUGAUAUCAUAGGGCAGCAGCUUGGAUUAGGAGGGUAUACCCCACCAUACUUGGCUCCAACCACAAGAGGAGGAAUCAUUUUGAAAGGGGUCAAUUAUGCUUCUGGUGGUGGUGGCAUCCUUAACCAAACUGGCAACAUUUUUGGUGGAAGGUUAAAUAUGGACGCACAGUUAGACAACUUCGCCAAUACAAGGGAAGAACUCAUAAACAGGAUAGGAGAAGAAGGAACAAGGAGACUUGUUAAUAAAGCUUUGUUUUCAGUAACAAUGGGAUCCAAUGAUUUUAUCAAUAACUACUUAACUCCAGUUAUCUCAAGACUAGAGCAAGAGAUGAUCACUCCGGAAGCAUUCGUAAAUGCAAUGAUAUCAAGAUAUAGACUACAACUCACGAGAUUGUAUAAUAUCGGAGCAAGAAAAAUAGUAGUGGUAAAUGUGGGACCAAUUGGAUGCAUUCCUUAUGAAAGAGAUUUGAAUCCAUCAGCAGGCAAUGAUUGUGUUGGAUUCCCUAAUCAACUUGCUCAAUCCUUUAAUCUUCAAUUAAAGAGCCUUAUUAAAGAGUUAAGCACCAGCCUUCCGGAAUCUCUUUUUGUUUAUGCUGAUGUUUAUCGUAUUGUCUCUCACAUCCUCUUAAAUUACCGAUCAUACGGUUUUGAGAAUGCAAAUUCAGCAUGUUGUUCAGCGAGUGGUCGUUUUGGGGGUUUAAUUCCUUGUGGGCCAACCUCAAAUGUUUGCAAAGAUAGAUCAAAAUAUGUGUUCUGGGACCCUUAUCAUCCUUCCGAUGCUGCUAAUUUGCUUAUUGCCAAACGUCUCAUUGAUGGUGACUCUAAUGAUAUUUCACCUAUUAAUAUUCGACACUUAAUUAAUUAUAAUUAGGAAAAUUAAUAUAGCUAUAAGGGUUUUAUAUAUGAAAAAAUUUUGUAUUUUUA